AUGGAAAACAACGAGAACGAGUUAUUGCUACCACCUGAAAAUCAGAAGAAAUAUUCUAACUUUACAAGUUUUUCCUUAGUAGUUUGGAAAUGCACAUCGAAAUUGGAGAAGUUUUUGUUUUUAUUGGGAAUCGCUUCUGCAGUUCUAACAGGAUUAUGUCAGCCGUUUAUGAGUUACACAUUUGGAGAAGUCUCACAAGUUUUUGUGAAAAUCACUUCUGCGGUGAAUAACAAAACAAUUGAUCCAUCAGAUCUUGAUAGAGCUUAUGAAAUAUUCCACUCGGAUAUGAACACAGUAGUUAUACAUUUUGCACUUGUUGGAUUUGCAUUUGCAAUAUUUGGUUUUUUGCAGUUUUCACUAUUCAAAUACGUUGGUGACAAUACAACGUACCGAGUAAGAAAGGAAUAUAUAACUAGACUACUGAGAAAAGAUGCCAAAUAUUUUGAUACUGUCUCUACUGGAAGCUUAUCAACUAUUCUAAAUGAUAAUUUGGAGCGUUUUCGAGAAGCUUUUAACGAAAAGAUAGCAUUCAUAAUUUGUUUCACGACAGAUUUUAUUAUUGGUACCAGUCUAGCAUUCUACACGGAUUGGAGACUGGCUUCAUACGGAAGUGUAUUUGCUGUCGGAAUUGCAUUUUCUGGUUUCAUCAAUUCAGCAAGUAUGAUGGGAUCCACUGGAAAACAGAAUACACAUUAUGCAAAUGCCGGAGCUAUUGCAUUCCAAGCACUGAGUUCAUUCAAAACAGUUAUAUCACUAAACGGUCAGAAACAAGAGCUGGAAAGAUAUUCCAAUGAACUGAAAGCGGGAGAGAAGCAUGGUUCGAGAAGAGCGUUCUUUCUAGCUACCUCCCGAAGUGUCACUCAUUUUUUCUGUAAUGCACUGAAUGGAAUCAUUCUAUACGUUGGUGCUGAUUUGAUUUACAACAAAACGAUGGAUCAAGCUGUUAUUGUGACGCUGUUUCAUUACAUGUUGUUCAGUGCAUUCAGUUUGGGUGAGGCCUUUCCUCAUCUAUCAUAUUUGUCAAAUGCUAUAUCUUCUGCAUCUCCGAUUUUCCAAAUAUUGACAUCAAAAGAUGACGUUAUCGAGAAUCGUCAGACAGAUCAUUCAGAUGAUCAAAGAACAAUAAAAGAAGGGAAUAUCAAAUUUGAAGACGUGAGGUUCUCUUAUCCUUCCCGUCCGGAUAGUCAAGUCCUUAAAGGAGUUACUUUUAAUGUCAAAAAAGGAGAAUGCAUUGCACUUGUUGGUGGCAGUGGAAGUGGAAAGAGUACUAUAGUCCAACUUCUCCUUCACUACUACGACAUUGAUUCUGGGAAAAUAUCAAUUGACGGUCUGGAAUUGAACAACAUAAAUUUGAAAGAACUUCGUCGUGCAAUAGGAGUGGUUUCUCAAGAACCUGUGCUUUUCAACACAACUAUUGAGGAGAACAUUCGAUUUGGAAACUCUGAAGUGUCGACGUUAGAUAUUUACGAAGCAUUGAAAACUGCGAAUGCUUAUGACUUCGUAUGCGCAUUUCCUCGUGGUAUUAAAACUGUAGUUGGAGAGAGAGGAGCGCAGCUCUCUGGAGGCCAGAAGCAACGAAUAGCUAUUGCAAGAGUAUUGGUGAAAAAUCCAAAAAUAUUACUCCUUGAUGAAGCAACAAGUGCAUUGGACAAUGAAAGUGAGCGUGAAGUACAAAUUGCUUUGAGAAAAGCAUCAGAAGGACGAACGACCAUUGUUAUAGCUCAUAGACUCUCCACAAUCAGAAAUUGCGACAAAAUUAUGGUUACGUCAGAAGGAAAGAUUGCUGAAUUAGGAAAUCAUGAUGAACUGAUUGCGAGAGGUGGACUCUACAAAGACCUAAUUCAGGCACAAUUCCUGGAUUCCGCAGAAAACCAAGGAGAUGUCAACAAUAAAAAACCGUUAGAUGUGAUUGCAGCCACAAGUAAUGACAAUCGCAUUUCUGAUGAAGAAUUGGAGAAUAUUCUCAAAGAUACACCCGAAGAACAAAUGAUUACUUCCAGUAUUUGGGAAAUCCUACGAGAAUGCCGUCCGAACUGUAUUCUAUUAUUUUUUGCAAUAUUUGGGAGUGCUAUUCAAGGAUUUAGUUUCCCUAUCUUGGCGCAACUUAUUGUGAGUACCUAUAAGGCCUAUGCAAUGGAUGGAGAAGAAAUUCUCAUUAACGGUCAUUUUUGGGCAUCCAUGUUUUUAGUACUUGGCCUUUUCCGCCCAAUCACAUUGUACUGCCAAUACUUCUUCUUCGGUAAAGUUGGCGAGAAGCUGUCAACGCACCUGAGAAUUAAAUCAUUUCAACAUUUGUUGUCUCUACCGUGUGCUUUCUAUGACGAAUCAAAAAAUUCACCAACAAGGCUUGCAAAUCGGUUAAAUACCGAUGCUUCUAAUGUGAAAGCAGCAGUUGAUGCAAGACUGGGAAGUGUUCUUAUGACAUUGGUAUCGUUCAUGGUGGCCAUCACAAUUGCAUGCUACUAUUCAUGGAAAUUAACUAUGCAGGUACUGUUGUUUUUUCCAGUGCUAUAUCUUGCCAAAUAUUGUUAUGAAAAAACUACAGUUCAGUCGAUCAAGCAAGACUCUCUGGCAUUCGAGAAAAGUAACAAGAUUGCUGUGGAAGUUUUGGAUAAUAUAAAAACAGUUCGAUCCUUGAAUAUGGAAGAAAAAGUUCUCGAGAUGAUGACAGUACAACUGCGAGAAUUGAAGAGAAAAUAUCAUAAAAGAGCUUUUGUUCUGGGACUUGCAAGCGGAUUUUCGGCUGGAUGCUCCCAAUUUGUAUACGCUUUAUCUUUCAAGUUUGGAACAUAUCUAAUUCUUCAAAAAGAGGUUCUACCAAUGGAUAUGUAUCUUGCAUUAGUUACACUUUCCUAUACAUCAAAUAUGGCCGGAUCUGCCAUUUCCUAUCUACCAGACUACAAAAAAGCAAUUCAUGCUGCUGGAUUGAUUUUCAAUUUGUUUACGUAUCCAGCCACUAUGCCUUAUAAAUCCAAAGAUGGUCAAUUGAAUAUUGAUAAUGGAGAAGUGAAGAUGAAAGACGUCAAGUUUCACUAUCACCAACGUCCGGACCAUAUUGUCUUGAAGAGUGUAAAUCUAUUAUUGGAACCAGGAAAAACACUUGCACUAGUGGGACCGAGUGGAUCUGGGAAGUCAACAGUAGUCUCUCUAAUAGAACUGUUCUAUCGAGUAGAUAAUGGAAGCAUCGAUGUAGACGGCGAGAAUGUAGAAAAUGUUAACAUGCAUCACUUACGUUCCAGUUUGGCCUUGGUCUCUCAGGAACCAUCAUUGUUUAAUUCUUCAAUACGAGAGAAUCUUGUAUAUGGUUUAACACGGCAAGUGCAUCAGCUAGAAAUGGAGAAAGCGUUGAUUACAGCCAACGCCUUCCGUUUUGUAUUUCAGUUUCCGAAUGGUUUGGAUACAAUAGUUGGAGAGCGAGGAGCUCAACUAUCCGGUGGUCAAAAGCAGAGGAUAGCAAUUGCUCGAGCUAUCCUUCGCAAUCCGAAAGUAUUGCUGUUGGAUGAAGCGACAAGUGCACUGGACAGUGAAAACGAAAAAGUGGUACAAAAUGCGUUGAAUACUGCCAGUGAAAGAUUGUCCACUAUUAUUGUUGCUCAUCGUUUAUCGACUAUAGCAAAUGCAGACUCAAUAGCUGUUAUAAAACUAGGAAAAGUGGUUGAACAAGGAUCACAUGAAGAGCUUUUGAAGUUGAAAGGAGCCUACUACAAACUGGUGCAAAAACAGGAGAAUUGA